UAUUGAUCCGAGUGUAUAGCCAGCCAUCUUCAAUUGAUAUUGUGAUCCGGGGAUUCUGGGAUCUAUCAAAGUUGCCAGCAAAUCCCCUUCCCAGAAAAGAUGAUCGAAACGACAUAUUUCAUUGAAUCAACUAGUUUGGUGAGUAAGUAGUUAACGACAAGCGUGUCAGAUUCCUUGAUUACACGUUUCAAGUUGUUGCGUAGUCAACACUAGCUCUUGCAGCGUUUAAUAUUCACUCUCCACAUCAAGGACUCACGGCGAAGCAUUUGCACGUCGUUCUUCUCGUAUUCAGCUCAGAGAAGGAAGUAGACGCAGCUGCUAACCACGGGAGCCAGCAUGUCUAAAGAUUCUUUACACUUUUCUGAUGAGGAGACAAUCUUCGGUGACGUAGACAGGCCCGGUGCAAAACCUCAUCUCAAAUCUCGCAUUCUUCACCUGUGGCCUUGGUUAAGCAUUGGUUCGCUUAUAGUCACAUCCGUGUCCUCCUUCACGCUGUGGAUGAGCACGCCUUCUGCUCAUCUUGCUAUAUACUCUCCAGCAAGUGUUGCUGUUGAGCCUGUUAUUACAAGGUUCAAUGGGACCAUCAUUUUCCCUUCUAUCUAUCGUAUUCCCAGUGGACCUCUUGACGCUCCCGACUAUCAUGGCCCUCCUUCCCCAGAACUCGAUGCUGCUUGGGCCAGGAUUUCUGACGAUGUGCCACCAACCCAGGUUACGAUUGAUGAUCUACGUAAAGCUGGAGAGGUAGAUCUACCAGCGAAGGUUAAGUAUCCACAAAGUAGCGGUGGAGGUUUCAUGGCAUCGUUGGAAGUCAAUCAUCAAAUGCGUUGUCUGAACUUCCUUCGCAAAUCCUCUUGGCCCGACCAUUACAAGUUGGACCCCUGGUUGCAGCGGGACCCCUCGGUAGUUCGAAUGCAUCUUGAUGACUGCAUCGAACUGAUCAGGCAGUCUAUCAUGUGCCAUGCCGAGGUUGCGAUGAUCACGUGGGACUGGGUGAAGAACCACAAACAAGCCUACCCCAACUUCAACACCCGUCAUGCAUGUAGGAAGUUUGAGAACGUCAUGGACUGGGCUAUGGAACAUGCUGAUCGAUCCGAGAUUACUCGGAUGGAGGAUACGAUUGACCUCCCUUUCCCUCAUCAGUACAGUAUAUGAUGCGUCUUGCGUGAUGAGAGACAUCGCAUUAUGAUAAGUUACUUGAUGAUCGCACAUGUUGUUCGAGGUGAUGGAUGGGGAAUGUGACGUGGAGAAGCUAUGAACAAGAACAGUGAUAAGUAGGGCACUGAUAAUUUGACGUCUCCCAAGCAUAUUGGUGACUUGGUACAAUAUUUCUUUGACUCCUUCGCAGCACAUCCACCUCUUCCUACUUCUCCAGUGCUUCAAAAAUAGAAUCGACAGCUGAGACUCGGUCCCCAGAUGUGUCAACAGUCUCUAGGUCAACGCGAAGCUCUAGAACAUCCCAUAAUGGACAGCUUGCAGAAGUGGCCCACCAAGGGGCUCCGCGAGGACUGAAUGACCAGCGCAUAGCCGGAUGAUUGAACAAGAGCCUUCCGUGAACCAGUUGCGGCGUUGGUGAGGGGACAUAAGGAAAGUAGCGUGCA